AUGGCGGUCCCAGUGAGGGGUGAAACAAGAAAUGUUGACGACAACAUGUCUGCGCAGGUUCAAUCUAAGGCCAAAACAAUUGAUACUACUAAAGAGUUUCAGAAAUUAAGUAUUGAUACUUCUAUUGAAAACAAACAGAGGAAGCAAGCUCUAAUUGAUUUGGAAACAUAUGAGAUAUUUUUAAACAAGUUAACUACUAAAAAAGAUAAAAUUACGAAUGAGGUUAAACAGGAUGAUGAUAUUUCAAAUCUCGAUCAAUUAAUGGAACUCGAUGAAAGAAACGAUUACCAGCCGAGAUAG